CUCUGCAUCUAACAGGAAGUGCCUUCAAGUGGUCACUUAGCUUUCAGAGCUGAUGCUAGUUACUGAUAGCAUCAACAACACCAUGCUGAACGACAGUGAGCUGUCAACACUGCGGAACCGAUUCAAGAGAGAUGCGGAAUUGCUUAUGCAAACGACGACAGCGGGUGACAAAGAUGAAAAGAGUCCGGAGGAAAAAGAUGCCAAACCUCUUCCUCGCAUUAACAGACACUCCGUUUUCUGGGUCGUGGCAUCUAUAGCUGUGACCUACUAUGUUGAGUUCCUCCAAAACAUCAUGGAGAACGAUAAUAUCAAAAGCUGGUGGUUCUUUGUGGGUCUGGUACUCCUUGGGAUCUGCCUGUCGCUGGCCAUGUUUUGUAUUGUAUACCUGGAGUGGUUCAAAGGGAUCCAGAACUAUGACCAAGAAUAUCCUGCCAUUCCUCCCCUCACCACCGCCGCCUUUAUUGCUGCAUCAUGCAGCUUUAACAUAGCACUGUGGCCAGUGUGGUCCUUCUUCACUCCACUCAUCCUCUUCACACAGUUCAUGGGUGUGGUCAUGCUCAUCUCUUUGCUUGGAUGAAUGUGAAAGCUGAGGAUUGACACCAAUGCUGACCAGAGUUGUGUUUUUAUACUUUUUCUCCCGUGCUCAAACAUAUUUUAUGUUGCCAUAUCCCCCAUAUCUACACUCCCAGUUUACUGAACCUCUCACUCUCUCUUGAUAAUAAAACACUGGUGGCAACACAGGAAACACACGCGUAGGGAGUAUUUUAUCAACUGGGCUUUUUCACAACAAACAUCUUGACUUCUGACAGUAGCGAAAGCACAGGUCUUGGUCAAUGGCUUUAACACUGACAGUACAUGAUACUAAAAACAGCUAAAUGGCAUUCAACCAUAAUUUAUUUUACUACACACACCUGUUAUUUCCUAACACACGUCUUCUGUGAUGUUUGCCUGUUAUGCCGAUCUGUAUAAAAGUCUGGUGUGUAAGCAUUGAAGAAAAUCUGUUGGACCAUUUAUAGCUGUGGAAAAAUCAAAAAAUAUAAAAGUUUGUGGUGAGGUUAAUAAUUUCUGCUUAUCUCCUGUUAAAAUGUUUAUCUUGAAUAAAGUUAUGUGACUAAUUUCAA